CACCACAGUCUAAGGGGGGACUAAACCCAUAGUGAAGCAGCGUCACUUCGAGACAGCAGCAACUUCCGCCCAAGGUGGCAGCGCAAGAGCAGAGCGUGCGGCACUUGGAGCCGCACUGGGGGGGCACCAGAGACUGCGCGUUCGGCCCUAACUUUAGCCCAAUCCGCGCUCAAUUGGCUGCAUCGUGUACCGCCAAGAUCUUCACCUUCAUGUUCGGCAUGGACCCGGUAUUGUCUGGGUCGCUGUGCUUUUUGGUGCUGGCCAUCGCCAUGUACCUCAAAUUCAUCCGCGAGCAGCCAUGGGGUGACGAGGAGAUAUCAGAUCAUAAAAGUAGCCCCGUGGACGGAGAUGAUACCAUGCCCUUCUUGCAUCCAGCGUCUCCAGCUGGCAGACUACAGGCUCAACAGCAGAGAGGAGCAGGACAGGGGCGACAACAGGUCAAACAGAAGCAACAAACAUCCAGACAAUCACAACAGCCACCGCAACCCCAUCAUGGGUAUGCAGGAUUCCAGCAGAGCCGUCAGACAGCGUCCUCAGCUGUGGUGGCGGCUGGAGUGGACGCUACAGCAGCGUCAGGAGCUACUUAUUUACCCACCAAGAAGCAACCGAUGAGGAGGAGGACUCACAGUGCUAACGCAUCAUCUACCGCCUCACCAAACAAUAAGAUUAAGAGUGGAGCAGUAGCUGCAGACGCAGGAGACCACAGUAUGGACCAAUUGCCCACUACCAUCUACGAAGGAGCUAAUUACGACCAGUUCAGACAACAAAGACAACCGCAGGAUUCCGGACGCAACCAGCACCGCAUCACGUUUGACGAUUAUGACGAAGAGAUGGGAUUUUUGUCGCCACCUCGACAUGAAGACGCCGCGAAUGAUUCGCUAGAGAGCGUGUCUUUUGAAGCCGAGAGCGAUGAUUUUUACGACCUGGAGAACCGCCUUCCUGAAGAUCAUUUGCUGAAUAUUGCAGACACACCCGAACGCGGUCGCAAACCGCUUCGUAUUGGUGAACAGUACCGUGGUGGUGCCUUGCUGGAAUCAGCAGAUCUAGCGGACGCAUCUCCCGAUGCGAAGACGUUAAAGACGAAUAUUGAGCGCCAGUUUGUGCGAGAUGUCGCCCCGCCCGCACAAAUGCAGCUUGAAGUUGCUCGAAAAGCUCGCAUUCCGUUGUUUCUUCACUCGCCGAUGUAUGUCAGGACAUCGGCGUCACCUUUGAUUGACGAGAUAGAUGCCGAGUUUACAGCGGAAUUUGCAGCGGAGGAGGCUCAAGUGGCAGAGGCUGGAAAUGGUGAAGCACUAGCAGAUCCUGCUGCUGGGGCAGACGCAGCAGCAGGGGCUGCCAUCGCUGCCGCUGGUAAUCCGGCGCGAAGGAGGAGGCCGAAACUGUCCAAGGCCAAGAACGACAGCUUGCAUGUGGACUUCAAGGAGCUGCAGAUUGAGGAGAUGAUCGGUCAGGGAGCGUUCGGAACAGUGCAUCGCGCUAAGUGGCGAGGAACUGCGGUGGCCGUCAAGAUCCUGGUUUGUCAGUAUCUGACGGCUGACAUCUUGGAAGAAUUCGAGGCCGAAGUGCAGAUCAUGAGCAUAUUAAGGCAUCCUAACAUUUGCCUGCUGAUGGGCGCGUGUCUGGAGCCACCGACGCGCUGUCUUGUGAUCGAGUAUUUACCACGCGGCUCGCUCUGGAAUGUCCUCCGUCAAGAUGUUGUCAUCGAUUUGGGCAAGCAAUACGGGUAAAACGUGGCAGAACUGGUUGAGUCCGUGUCAGCAACUGGAAAUUCUCUAACAUUUCUAUUUGUGCUGGACUGCAGUUUCGCGCGUGAUACGGCGCUGGGUAUGAACUACUUGCAUUCUUUCCAACCGCCGAUUUUACAUCGCGAUCUGAAAAGUCCCAACUUGUUGGUCGAUUCAUCAUACGCGCUCAAGAUCUCUGAUUUUGGGUUGGCACGGGUUCGUGCUCAUUUCCAGACAAUGACGGGUAAUUGUGGCACCACGCAGUGGAUGGCGCCUGAGGUUCUGGCAGCCGAGAAGUACACAGAGAAGGCCGAUGUGUUCUCUUACGGUGUAGUGGUAUGGGAGACCGUCACACGGCAGUGUCCGUACGAGGGCCUAACUCAGAUCCAAGCGGCACUCGGUGUACUGAACAACAACCUGCGGCCGACAGUUCCAGAGAAUUGCCCACCUUUAUUCAAGAAGCUCAUGACACAAUGUUGGGUCAGCUCCCCCGAGCAGCGACCAAGCUUUGAGGCGGUGCUGGAGAUUCUAAACAGCUCCACCGAUGGCUCUUUACCUCUACAACGCGAGCGAAGAACUAGCGACGCGCAUGUGCGGUAACCUCGCAAAGCAAACCAAGUGUAUGUACGAAAGAGGGAAAGAGACGUAGUUAGAAAUGAAUACAGGGCAUGCGAACGGACCACGCAGGCAAAAAAUGUGAACAACCAACAAUACAGCAAACAUCGAACUCACUGUACUGUAC